AUGUGCGACUGCUUCCACGUGGUGCUGCCUACCUGGCCCGGAGCCCCCGGCAGCGUGUCUAGCCGGCAGCUGCAGCAGCAGGAGCCAGAGGCUGAGACAGAAGACGACUACUCUGUGACCGAAGGGCCUGUGGGUGAAGUCGUUCGGCCAAGGCCACAGGGGUCCUCACCUGUUUAUGAAUACACGGCUGAAGGUGCUGGCUUUGGAAGUCAGGAAACAGGCCAAGGCAGGCACAGCUCCUCAGGCAGACGGAGAUCCUGGUGGAGACGGGAUUCAGGGGAAUCCACAGCCUUCGCCAGCAUGAGUCAUCCAGGGUCUGUGCAGGAGUCGACAGAGGUGACACUGAAGACGGAUGUAGAGUCAGGAGCCAGUGGCUACAGCGUCACAGGUGGAGGGGACCAGGGGAUCUUUGUCAAGCAAGUACUGAAGGACUCCUCGGCUGCCAAGCUAUUCAACCUGAGAGAAGGAGAUCAACUGCUUAGUGCAACCAUAUUCUUCGACCACAUGAAGUAUGAAGAUGCGCUUAAAAUCCUUCAGUACUCGGAACCCUACAAAGUACAGUUCAAAAUCAAACGGAAACUCUCAGCCAACGAGGGAGAGGAAGGAGCUGUUCAGCAUCCCCAGCAAGGCCAGAAAGGCAAGGAGAAGCAGGACAUUGCCGAUGGAUGCACGGAGACACCUACAAAAUCUGUAGAGGGAGCUGGAGACCGAGAAAGACUUAUUUCGAAGAGCAGGGAUGAUCGCCAUAGACGGCCCCAAGACAGAUUCUCCUGGCCAAAAUUUCAAGCCUUAAGGAGCAAGAGGAGAGCAGGCCCCCGACGCUCGCACAGUUCAUCAGAAGCCUCGGAGCACAGGGACACACGUGACCUGUCCCCCACAAGCACAGACACAGAGCUCCAGCUGACAACUGACAGACAGGAGCAGAAUUCAGGGGCAGGGAGACAAAGAAGGAGAUUCCUGAACUUGAGGUUUGGAAUGACCUCAGGUCAGAGCCUAGUUACAACCGAGCAAAAGGACAGCGAGCCCCAGGAUAGGAGAGAGCAGGCUGCAGUGCUGAAAGAGGGCAAAUCAAAGGAGGACGAGAGGAAGGACACACAGGGGGCAGAAGAGGGCCAAACGAAGGACAAGAAACAGAAAACUGGGUUCAUGUCAACUACUAGGCAAAAGACCACGAGGGACAAUUACUCCAACUUAGAAAAGGAAGCAGAUGGCAAAAAGGAAUUUAAGACAGAAAGACAUCAAAAGAAGAAAAAGGAGGUAAAGAAAGAAGAAAAGGAUGAAAAACUUGUGCAAAUGACAAAGGAGACACCACAAGAAUUGCAGUGGGAAGACAGUUGGGAGGAAGUACAGAGUCUGGAAAUUGGCAUUGCAAGACUGUCUCUGAAAGACACACCAGAACAACACUUGGAUACAGAGAUACAGGGAGGUGAUGGCAAGCAGGACAAGGACAUGGCCUCCAAAGACAGCAAGUUCAAGAUGCCCAAGUUCAAGAUGCCCUCCUUCGGUGUAUCGGCGCCUGGGAAGCCCACCCUGAAUACCUCCCUGGAGGUGGGCGUUCUGAAGGUAGAGGGGGACGUGGCGCUGCCCUCCGUGCAGGGCGACCUGAAGACACCUGACGUCAGCAUUCAGCUGCCUUCUGCUGACCUGGAGCUCAAGGCUGGGAAGGAGGGCGUUAAGCGGCCAGAGGACCAGCCGACCGAUGCAGAGACGCCCGCCCAGGCUGCUGCUGAGGCCAGCCUUAAGGGCCACCUGCCCAAGGUGCAGAUGCCCAGCCUCAAGAUGCCCAAGGUGGACCUCAAAGGCCCCCACGUGGAAGUGAAAGGCCCCAAAGUGGACAUGAAGGGUGCCAGGCGAAGCGGAGAGCCCCUGAACCUGGAUGUGGCCCUGCCCAGCGUGGAGGUGGACAUUGAGGCACCCUGUGCCAAGCUGGAAGGGGACGUCUUGCUGGGUGACCAAGACAUGGCCACCAAAGACAGCAAGUUCAAGAUGCCCAAGUUCAAGAUGCCCUCCUUCGGUGUGUCCAUGCCUGGGAAGCCCACCGUGGAUGCCUCCCUGGAGGUGGGGGCUCCCAAGGUGGAGGGGGACGUGGCGCAGUCCUCAGUGCAGGGCGACCUGAAGACACCUGAUGUCAGCAUUCAGCUGCCUUCCACUGACCUGGAGAUCAGGACAGGCCAGGUGGGCGUCCCGGAGUAUCAGCACCCGGAUGUAGAGAUGCACGCCAAGGCUGCUGCCGGGGGCGGCCUGAAGGGCCACCUGCCCAAGGUGCAGAUGCCCAGCCUCAAGAUGCCCAAGGUGGACCUCAAGGGCCCCCAUGUGGACGUGAAAGGCCCCAAAGGCGAAGUGAGAGCCCCUGACCUGGAUGUGGCCCUUCCCGGCGUAGAGGUGGACAUCGAGGCACCGUGUGCAAAGCUGGAAGGGGACAUCGUCCUGGGUGACCAAGACGUGGCUGCAAAAGACACCAAGUUCAAGAUGCCCAAGUUCAAGAUGCCCUCCUUCGGCGUGUCUGUGCCUGGCAAGCCCACCGUGGAGUCCUCCCUGGAGGUGCAGCCUCCUAAGGUAGAGGGGGACGUGGCUCUGCCCUCCGUGCAGGGUGACCUGAAGACACCUGAUGUCAGCAUUCAGCUGCCUUCCACCGACCUGGAACUCAGGGCAGGCCAGGUGGGUGUUAACCUUACGGAGGAUCAGCCUCCCGAUGUAAAGAUGCACACCAAGGCUGCUGCCGGGGGUGGCCUGAAGGGCCACUUGCCCAAGGUGCACAUGCCCAGCCUCAAGAUGCCCAAGGUGGAACUCAAGGGACCCCACAUGGACAUGAAGGGACCUAAACUGGAAGUGAAGGGCGCCCAGGGCGAGGUGAGCGCCCCUGAACUUGAGGUCUCCAUGCCCGGCGUGGAGGUGGACAUCCAGGCUCCUGGUGUCAAGCUGGAAGGGGACGUGGUGCUUGCUGAGAAGGACCUGGCUGGCAAAGACACUAAGUUCAAGAUGCCCAAGUUCAAGAUGCCCUCCUUCGGCGUGUCCGCACCUGGCAAGCCCACCAUGGAUGCCUCCCUUGAGGUGGGGGCUCCCAAGGUAGAGGGGGAUGUGGCACUGCCCUCCGUGCAGGGCGACCUGAAGACACCUGACGUCAGCAUUCAGCUUCCUUCUGCCGACCUGGAGCUCAGGGCCAGGCAGGAGGGCGUUAAGCGGCCUGAGGACCAGCCGACCGAUGUAGAGACGCCCGCCCAGGCUGCUGCUGGGGCCAGCCUUAAGGGCCACCUGCCCAAGGUGCACAUGCCCAGCCUCAAGAUGCCCAAGGUGGACCUCAAGGGCCCCCACGUGGACGUGAAAGGCACCAAAGUGGACAUGAAGGGCGCCAAGGGCGAAGUAAGAGACCCUGACCUGGAUGUGGCCCUUCCCGGCGUGGAGGUGGACAUCGAGGCACCGUGUGCCAAGCUGGAAGGGGACAUCAUGCUGGGUGACCAAGACUUGGCCACCAAAGACACCAAGUUCAAGAUGCCCAAGUUUAAGAUGCCCUCCUUCGGUGUGUCCGUGCCUGGCAAGCCCAGUGUGGAGGCCUCCCUGGAGGUGGGGGCUCCCAAGGUGGAGAGGGACCUGGCGAUGCCCUCCGUCCAGGGUGACCUGAAGACUCCUGAAGUCAGCAUUCAGCUGCCUUCUGCUGACCUGGAGGUCAGGGCAGGCCAGGUGGGUUUGAAGCUGCCACAGGACCAGCCGACCGAUGCAGACACAUCCGCCCAGGCUGCUGCCAGGGGCGGCCUGAAGGGCCAACUGCCCAAGGUGCAGAUGCCCAGCCUCAAGAUGCCCAAGGUGGACCUCAAGGGCCCCCAUGUGGACGUGAAAGGCCCCAAAGUGGACGUGAAAGGCCCCAAAGUGGACAUGAAGGGCGCCAAGGGCGAAGUGAGAGCCCCUGACCUGGAUGUGGCCCUGCCCGGCGUGGAGGUGGACAUCCAGACACCCUGUGCCAAGCUGGAAGGGGACAUCUUGCUGGGUGACCAAGACGUGGCCACCAAAGACACCAAGUUCAAGAUGCCCAAGUUCAAGAUGCCCUCCUUCGGAGUGUCCGUGCCUGGGAAGCACAGUGUGGAGUCCUCCCUGGAGGUGGGGGCUCCCAAGGUGGAGGGGGACGUGGCGCUGCCCUCCGUGCAGGGCGACCUGAAGACACCUGACGUCAGCAUUCAGCUGCCUUCCACUGACCUGGAGCUCAGGGCAGGCCAGGUGGGCGUUAACCUUACGGAGGAUCAGCCUCCCGAUGUAGAGAUGCACGCCAGGGCUGCUGCCGGGGGCGGCCUGAAGGGCCACCUGCCCAAGGUGCACAUGCCCAGCCUCAAGAUGCCCAAGGUGGACCUCAAGGGACCCCAUGUGGACAUGGAGGCCCCAGUGAAAGGCCCCAAAGUGGAAGUGAAGGGCUCCAAGGGCGGGGUGAGAGCCCCCUGAACCUGGAUGUGGCCCUGCCCGCGUGGGAGGUGGACAUCCGAGGAACCUGGUGUCAAGCUGGAAGGGGACGUGGUGCUGGGUGAGAAGGACCUGGCUGGCAAAGACACUAAGUUCAAGAUGCCCAAGUUCAAGAUGCCCUCCUUCGGCGUGUCCGCACCUGGCAAGCCCACUGUGGAAGCCUCCCUGGAGUUGGGGGCUCCCAAGGUAGAGGGGGAUGUGGCGCUGCCCUCCGUGCAGGGCGACCUGAAGACACCUGAAGUCAGCAUUCAGCUGCCUUCUGCCGACCUGGAGUUCAGGGCCAGGAAGGAGGGCGGUAAGCGGCCGGAGGACCAGCCGACCGAUGUAGAGACGCCCGCCCAGGCUGCUGCUGGGGCCCGCCUUAAGGGCCACCUACCCAAGGUGCAGAUGCCCACCCUCAAGAUGCCCAAGGUGGACCUCAAAGGCCCCCACGUGGACGUGAAAGGCACCAAAGUGGACAUGAAGGGCGCCAAGGGCGAAGUAAGAGACCCUGACCUGGAUGUGGCCCUUCCCGGCGUGGAGGUGGACAUCCAGGCACCCUGUGCCAAGCUGGAAGGGGACAUCGUGCUGGGUGACCAAGACGUGGCCACCAAAGACACCAAGUUCAAGAUGCCCAAGUUCAAGAUGCCCUCCUUCAGUGUAUCCGUUCCUGCAAAGCCCACCGUGGAGGCCUCCCUGGAGGUGGGGGCUCCCAAGGUGGAGGGGGACCAGGCACUGCCCUCCGUGCAGGGCGACCUAAAGACACCUGAUGUCAGCAUUCAGCUGCCUUCCCACCUGGAGCUCAGGGCAGGCCAGGUAGAUCGGAAGCGCACACGUCUGAACCCCAGUGACGCCGAGACAUCGGACGCCGCCGCCGGCUGGGACGGACAGAAGGGCCACCUGCCCAAGGUGCACAUGCCCAGCCUCAAGAUGCCCAAGGUGGACCUCAAGGGCCCCCAUGUGGACGUGAAAGGCCCCAAAGUGGACGUGAAAGGCCCCAAAGUGGACGUAAAGGGCUCCAAGGGUGAAGUGAGAGCCCCUGACCUGGAUGUGGCCCUGCCCGGCGUGGAGGUGGACAUCGAGGCACCGUGUGCCAAGCUGGAAGGGGACAUCGUGCUGGGUGACCAAGACGUGGCCGGCAAAGACACCAAGUUCAAGAUGCCCAAGUUCAAGAUGCCCUCCUUCGGCGUGUCAGCACCUGGCAAGCCCACAGUGGAGGCCUCCCUUGAGGUGGGGGCUCCCAAGGUGGAGGGGGACGUGGCGCUGCCAUCGGUGAAGGGGGACCUGAAGACACCUGACGUCAGCAUUCAGCUUCCUUCUGCCCACCUGGAUCUCAGGGCUGGUCAGGUUGGCGUGAAGCUGGCAGAGGACCAGCCGACCGAUGCAGAGACGCCCGCCCAGGCUGCUGCUGGGGCCAGCCUUAAGGGCCACCUGCCCAAGGUGCAGAUGCCCAGCCUCAAGAUGCCCAAGGUGGACCUCAAAGGCCCCCACGUGGACGUGAAAGGCACCAAAGUGGACAUGAAGGGCGCCAAGGGCGAAGUAAGAGCCCCUGACCUGGAUGUGGCCCUGCCCGGCGUGGAGGUGGACAUCCAGACACCCUGUGCCAAGCUGGAAGGGGACGUCUUGCUGGGUGACCAAGACGUGGCCACCAAAGACACCAAGUUCAAGAUGCCCAAGUUCAAGAUGCCCUCCUUCAGUGUAUCCGUUCCUGCGAAGCCCACCGUGGAGGCCUCCCUGGAGGUGGGGGCUCCCAAGGUGGAGGGGGACCAGGCACUGCCCUCCAUGCAGGGCGACCUAAAGACACCUGAUGUCAGCAUUCAGCUGCCUUCCACCGACCUGGAGAUCAGGACAGGCCAGGUGGGCGUCCCGGAGUAUCAGCACCCGGAUGUAGAGAUGCACGCCAAGGCUGCUGCCGGGGGCGGCCUGAAGGGUGCCCAAGUGCAGAUGCCCAGCCUCAAGAUGCCCAAGGUGGACCUCAAGGGCCCCCAUGUGGACGUGAAAGGCCCCAAAGUGGACGUAAAGGACUCCAGGGGCGAAGUGAGAGCCCCUGACCUGGAUGUGGCCCUUCCCGGCGUGGAGGUGGACAUCGAGGCACCCUGUGCCAAGCUGGAAGGGGACAUCGUGCUGGGUGACCAAGACAUGGCCGGCAAAGACACCAAGUUCAAGAUGCCCAAGUUUAAGAUGCCCUCCUUCGGUGUGUCCGUGCCUGGGAAGCCCACUGUGGAGGCCUCCCUGGAGGUGGGGGCUCCCAAGGUGGAGGGGGACGUGGCGCUGCCCUCCGUGCAGGGCGACCUGAAGACACCUGACGUCAGCAUUCAGCUGCCUUCUGCCCACCUGGAUCUCAGGCCCGUCCAGGUUGGCGUGAAGCUGGCGGAGGACCAGCCGACCGAUGCAGAGACAUCCGCCCAGGCUGCUGCUGGGGCCAGCCUUAAGGGCCACCUACCCAAGGUGCAGAUGCCCAGCCUCAAGAUGCCCAAGGUGGACCUCAAGGGCCCCCAUGUGGACGUGAAAGGCCCCAAAGUGGACGUGAAAGGCCCCAAAGUGGACGUAAAGGGCUCCAAGGGCGAAGUGAGAGCCCCUGACCUGGAUGUGGCCCUGCCCGGCGUGGAGGUGGACAUCGAGGCACCCUGUGCCAAGCUGGAAGGGGACAUCGUGCUGGGUGACCAAGACGUGGCCGGCAAAGACACCAAGUUCAAGAUGCCCAAGUUCAAGAUGCCCUCCUUCGGUGUGUCCGUGCCUGGCAAGCCCAGUGUGGAGGCCUCCCUGGAGGUGGGGGCUCCCAAGGUGGAGUGGGACCUGGCGAUGCCCUCCGUCCAGGGUGACCUGAAGACACCUGAAGUCAGCAUUCAGCUGCCUUCUGCUGACCUGGAGGUCAGGGCAGGCCAGGUGGGUUUGAAGCCUCCAGAGGACCAGCCGACCGAUGCAGAGACGCCCGCCCAGGCUGCUGCCGGGGCCAGCCUUAAGGGCCACCUGCCCAAGGUGCAGAUGCCCAGCCUCAAGAUGCCCAAGGUGGACCUCAAAGGCCCCCACGUGGACGUGAAAGGCCCCACAGUGGACGUGAAGGGUGCCAAGGGUGAAGUGAGAGCCCCUGACCUGGAUGUGGCCCUACCCAGCGUGGAGGUGGACAUUCAGCCACCCUGUGCCAAGCUGGAAGGGGACAUCGUGCUGGGUGACCAAGACACGGCCCGCAAAGACACCAAGUUCAAGAUGCCCAAGUUCAAGAUGCCCUCCUUCAGUGUAUCCGUGCCUGGCAAGCCCACCGUGGAUGCCUCCCUGCAUGUGGGGGCUCCCAAGUUAGAGGGGGAGGUGCCGCUGCCCUCUGAGCAGGGCGACCUGAAGACACCUGACGUCAGCAUUCAGCUGCCUUCUGCCGACCUGGAGCUCAGGCCCGUCCAGGUUGGCGUGAAGCUGGCAGAGGACCAGCCGACCGAUGCAGAGACGUCCGCCCAGGCUGCUGCUGGGGCCAGCCUUAAGGGCCACCUGCCCAAGGUGCAGAUGCCCAGCCUCAAGAUGCCCAAGGUGGACCUCAAGGGCCCCCAUGUGGACGUGAAAGGCCCCAAAGUGGACGUGAAAGGCCCCAAAGUGGACGUAAAGGGCUCCAAGGGCGAAGUGAGAGCCCCUGACCUGGAUGUGGCCCUGCCCGGCGUGGAGGUGGACAUCGAGGAACCGUUGCCGAAGCUGGAAGGGGACGUGCCGCUGGCUGAGAAGGACCUGGCUCCCAAAGACACUAAGUUCAAGAUGCCCAAGUUCAAGAUGCCCUCCUUCGGCGUGUCCGCACCUGGCAAGCCCACAGUGGAGGCCUCCCUUGAAGUGGGGGCUCCCAACGUGGAGGGGGACGUGGUGCUGCCAUCGGUGAAGGGGGACCUGAAGACACCUGACGUCAGCAUUCAGCUGCCUUCUGCCCACCUGGAUCUCAGGGCUGGUCAGGUUGGCGUGAAGCUGGCAGAGGACCAGCCGACCGAUGCAGAGACGCCCGCCCAGGCUGCUGCUGGGGCCAGCCUUAAGGGCCACCUACCCAAGGUGCAGAUGCCCAGCCUCAAGAUGCCCAAGGUGGACCUCAAAGGCCCCCACGUGGACGUGAAAGGCCCCAAAGUGGACGUAAAGGACUCCAAAGGUGAAGUGAGAGCCCCUGACCUGGAUGUGGCCCUUCCCGGCGUAGAGGUGGACAUCGAGGCACCGUGUGCCAAGCUGGAAGGGGACAUCAUGCUGGGUGACCAAGACUUGGCCACCAAAGACACCAAACAUGGCCGCAAAGAUACCAAGUUCAAGAUGCCCAAGUUCAAGAUGCCCUCCUUCGGCGUGUCCGUGCCUGGCAAGCCCACCGUGGAGGCCUCCCUGGAGGUGGGGGCUCCUAAGGUGGAGGGGGACGUGGCUCUGCUCUCCGUGCAGGGCGACUUGAAGACACCUGACGUCAGCAUUCAGCUGCCUUCUGCCGACCUGGAUCUCAGGGCUGGCCAGGUUGGGUUUGAAGCUGGCAGAGGACCAGUGCUGCGGGGGGCCAGCCUGAAGGGCCACCUGCCCAAGGUGCAGAUGCCCAGCCUCAAGAUGCCCAAGGUGGACCUCAAGAGCCCCCAUGUGGACGUGAAAGGCCCCAAAGUGGACGUAAAGGGCUCCAAGGGCGAAGUAAGAGCCCCUGACCUGGAUGUGGCCCUCCCCAGUGUCGAGGUGGACAUCCAGACACCAUGUGCCAAGCUGGAAGGGGACAUCGUGCUGGGUGACCAAGACGUGGCCGGCAAAGAUACCAAGUUCAAGAUGCCCAAGUUCAAGAUGCCCUCCUUCGGCGUGUCAGCACCUGGCAAGCCCACAGUGGAGGCCUCCCUUGAGGUGGGGGCUCCCAACGUGGAGGGGGACGUGGCGCUGCCAUCGGUGAAGGGGGACCUGAAGACACCUGACGUCAGCAUUCAGCUGCCUUCUGCCCACCUGGAGAUCUCAGGACUGGCCAGGUUGGCGUGCCCUGGCAGAGGAUCAGCACCGGAUGCUGAGACGCCCAGGGCUGCUGGGGCCAGCCUGAAGGGCCACCUGCCCAAGGUGGAGAUGCCCAGCCUCAAGAUGCCCAAGGUGGACCUUAAGGGCCCCCACGUGGACGUGAAAGGCCCCAAAGUGGACGUAACAGGCUCCAAGGGCGAAGUAAGAGCCCCUGACCUGGAUGUGGCCCUGCCCAGUGUCCAGGUGGACAUCCAGACACCCUGUGCCAAGCUGGAAGGGGACGUCGUGCUGGGUGACCAAGACAUGGCCGGCAAAGACACCAAGUUCAAGAUGCCCAAGUUUAAGAUGCCCUCCUUCGGUGUGUCCAUUCCUGGGAAGCCCACUGUGGAGGCCUCCCUUGAGGUGGGGGCUCCUAAGGUAGAGGGGGACGUGGUGCUGCCCUCCGUGCAUGGCGACCUGAAGACACCUGAUGUCAGCAUUCAGCUUCCUUCUGCCCACCUGGAUCUCAGGCCCGUCCAGGUUGGCGUGAAGCUGCCACAGGACCAGCCGACCGAUGCAGAGACAUCCGCCCAGGCUGCUGCUGGGGCCAGCCUUAAGGGCCACCUACCCAAGGUGCACAUGCCCAGCCUCAAGAUGCCCAAGGUGGACCUCAAGGGCCCCCAUGUGGACGUGAAAGGCCCCAAAGUGGACGUGAAAGGCCCCAAAGUGGAACAGGCUCCAAGGGAAGUGAGAGCCCCUGACCUGGAUGUGGCCCUGCCAGGCGUGGAGGUGGACAUCGAGGUACCGUGUGCAAAGCUGGAAGGGGACAUCGUGCUGGGUGACCAAGACAUGGCCGGCAAAGACACCAAGUUCAAGAUGCCCAAGUUCAAGAUGCCCUCCUUCGGUGUGUCCGUGCCUGGCAAGCCCAGUGUGGAGGCCUCCCUGGAGGUGGGGGCUCCCAAGGUGGAGGGGGACGUGGCGAUGCCCUCCGUCCAGGGUGACCUGAAGACUCCUGAAGUCAGCAUUCAGCUGCCUUCUGCUGACCUGGAGGUCAGGGCAGGCCAGGUGGGUUUGAAGCUGCCACAGGACCAGCCGACCGAUGCAGAGACAUCCGCCCAGGCUGCUGCCGGGGGCGGCCUGAAGGGCCACCUGCCCAAGGUGCAGAUGCCCAGCCUCAAGAUGCCCAAGGUGGACCUCAAGAGCCCCCAUGUGGACGUGAAAGGCCCCAAAGUGGACGUGAAAGGCCCCAAAGUGGACGUAAAGGGCUCCAAGGGCGAAGUAAGAGCCCCUGACCUCGAUGUGGCCCUGCCCAGUGUCGAGGUGGACAUUGAGGCACCGUGUGCCAAGCUGGAAGGGGACGUCGUGCUGGGUGAGAAGGACCUGGCUCCCAAAGACACCAAGUUCAAGAUGCCGAAGUUCAAGAUGCCCUCCUUCGGAGUGUCCGUGCCUGGCAAGCCCAGUGUGGAGGCCUCCCUUGAGGUGGGGGCUCCCAAGGUGGAGGGGGACGUGGUGCUGCCCUCCGUGCAGGGCGACCUGAAGACACCUGACGUCAGCAUUCAGCUUCCUUCUGCCGACCUGGAUCUCAGGGCCAGGCAGGAGGGCAUGAAGGUGGCGGAGGAUCAGCCGACCGAGGCAGAGACGCCCGCCCAGGCUGCUGCUGGGGCCAGCCUUAAGGGCCACCUACCCAAGGUGCAGAUGCCCAGCCUCAAGAUGUCCAAGGUGGAACUCAAAGGCCCCCACGUGGAUUUGAAAGGCCCCAAAGUGGAGGUAAACGGAGCCAAGGGCGAAGUGAGAGCCCCUGACCUGGAUGUGGCCCUGCCCAGCGUGGAGGUGGACAUUGAGGCACCCUGUGCCAAGCUGGAAGGGGACGUCGUGCUGGGUGACCAAGAUGUGGCUGCCAAAGACAGCAAGUUCAAGAUGCCCAAGUUCAAGAUGCCCUCCUUCGGCGUGUCCGUGCCUGGGAAGCCCACCGUGGAGUCCUCCCUGGAGGUGCAGCCUCCUAAGGUGGAGGGGGACGUGGCUCUGCUCUCCGUGCAGGGUGACCUGAAGACACCUGAUGUCAGCCUUCAGCUGCCUUCCACUGACCUGGAGAUCAGGGCAGGCCAGGUGGGCGUUAACCUUACGGAGGAUCAGCCUCCCGAUGUAGAGAUGCACGCCAGGGCUGCUGCCGGGGGCGGCCUGAAGGGCCACAUGCCCAAGGUGCAGAUGCCCAGCCUCAAGAUGCCCAAGGUGGAACUCAAGGGCCCCAUGGACAUGAAGGGACCCAAACUGGAAGUGAAGGGCGCCGAGGGCGAGGUGAGCGCCCCCGAACUUGAGGUCUCCCUGCCCGGCGUGGGCGUGGACAUCCAGGCUCCUGAUGUCAAGCUGGAAGGGGACGUGGUGCUGGCUGAGAAGGACCUGGCUGGCAAAGACACUAAGUUCAAGAUGCCCAAGUUCAAGAUGCCCUCCUUCGGCGUGUCCGCACCUGGCAAGCCCACAGUGGAGGCCUCCCUUGAGGUGGGGGCUCCCAAGGUGGAGGGGGAGGUGGUGCUGCCCUCCGUGCAGGGCGACCUGAAGACACCUGACGUCAGCAUUCAGCUGCCUUCUGCCCACCUGGAUCUCAGGCCCGUCCAGGUUGGCGUGAAGCGGCCGGAGGACCAGCCAACCGAUGCAGAGACGCCCGCCCAGGCUGCUGCUGGGGCCAGCCUUAAGGGCCACCUACCCAAGGUGCAGAUGCCCAGCCUCAAGAUGCCCAAGGUGGACCUCAAAGGCCCCCACGUGGACGUGAAAGGCCCCACAGUGGACGUGAAGAGCUCCAAGGGUGAAGUGAGAGCCUCUGACCUGGAUGUGGCCCUGCCCAGCGUGGAGGUAGACAUUCAGCCACCCUGUGCUAAGCUGGAAGGGGAAGUUCUGGAAGGGGAUGUCGUGCUGGGUGUCCAAGACAUGGCCGGCAAAGACACCAAGUUCAAGAUGCCCAAGUUCAAGAUGCCCUCCUUCGGCGUGUCUGUGCCUGGCAAACCCAUCGUGGAGGCCUCCCUGAAUAUGCAGCCUCCUAAGGUAUAGGGGGACGUGGCGCUGCCCUCCGUGCAGGGCGACCUGAAGACACCUGACGUCAGCAUUCAGCUGCCUUCCACCGACCUGGAGAUCAGGGCAGGCCAGGUGGGCGUUAACCUUACGAAGGAUCAUCCUCCCGAUGCUGUUGCUGGGGCCCGCCUUAAGGGCCACCUGCCCAAGGUGCAGAUGCCCAGCCUCAAGAUGCCCAAGGUGGACCUCAAGGGCCCCCACGUGGACGUGAGAGGCCCAAAAGUGGACGUGAAGGGCUCCAAAGGCGAAGUGAGAGCCCCUGACCUGGAUGUGGCCCUGCCCGUUGUGGAGGUUGACAUCCAGGCACCCUGUGCCAAGCUGGAAGAGGAUGUCGUGCUGGGUGACCAAGACGUGGCCACCAAAGACACCAAGUUCAAGAUGCCCAAGUUCAAGAUGCCCUCCUUCGGCGUGUCUGUGCCUGGCAAGCCCACCGUGGAGGCCUCCCUGGAGAUGCAGCCUCCUAAGGUAGAGGGGGACGUGGCGCUGCCCUCCGUGCAGGGUGACCUGAAGACACCUGACGUCAGCAUUCAGCUGCCUUCCACCGACCUGGAGAUCAGGGCAGGCCAGGUGGGCGUUAACCUUACGGAGGAUCAGCCUCCCGAUGUAGAGAUGCACGCCAGGGCUGCUGCCGGGGGCGGCCUGAAGGGCCACAUGCCCAAGGUGCACAUGCCCAGCCUCAAGAUGCCCAAGGUGGAACUCAAGGGACCCCACGUGGACAUGAAGGGACCCAAACUGGAAGUGAAGGGCGCCGAGGGCGAGGUGAGUGCCCCCGAAAUUGAGGUCUCUGUGCCCGGCGUGGAGGUGGACAUCCAGGCUCCUGGUGUCAAGCUGGAAGGGGACGUGGCGCUGGCUGAGAAGGACCUGGCUCCCAAAGACACCAAGUUCAAGAUGCCCAAGUUCAAGAUGCCCUCCUUCCGCAUGUCCACACCUGGUAAGCCCACUGUGGAGGCCUUCCUUGAGGUGGGGACUCCCAAGGUGGAGGGGGACGUGGCGCUGCCAUCGGUGAAGGGGGACCUGAAGACACCUGACGUCAGCAUUCAGCUGCCUUCUGCCCACCUGGAUCUCAGGGCUGGUCAGGUUGGCGUGAAGCUGGCGGAGGACCAGCCGACCGAUGCAGAGACGCCCGCCCAGGCUGCUGCUGGGGCCAGCCUUAAGGGCCACCUGCCCAAGGUGCAGAUGCCCAGCCUCAAGAUGCCCAAGGUAGAUGUCAAGGGGCCCCACGUGGACCUAAAGGCCCCAAAAGUGGACAUGAUGGGGGACAAGGGUGAGGUGAGGUCCCCUGACCUCGAGGUCGCCCUGCCUGGCGUGGAGGUGGACAUCCAGGGCCCCACUGCCAAGCUAGGAGGGGACAUGGCUCUCGGAGAGAAGGAGGUGGCCACCAAAGACAGCAAGUUCAAGAUGCCCAAGUUCAAGAUGCCCUCCUUCGGAGUGUCCGUGCCUGGCAAGCCCACCGUGGAUGCCUCCCUGCAUGUGGGGGCUCCCAAGGUGGAGGGGGAGGUGGUGCUGCCCUCCGUGCACAGCGACCUGAAGACACCUGAUGUCAGCAUUCAGCUUCCUUCUGCCGACCUGGAGCUCAGGGCCAGGCAGGAGGGCGUGAAGCUGGCGGAGGACCAGCCGACCGAUGCAGAGACGCCCGCCCAGGCUGCUGCUGGGGCCAGCCUUAAGGGCCACCUACCCAAGGUGCAGAUGCCCAGCCUCAAGAUGUCCAAGGUGGACCUCAAGGGACCCCACGUGGACAUGAAGGGACCCAAACUGGAAGUGAAGGGCGCCCAGGGUGAGGUGAGCGCCCCCGAACUUGAGGUCUCCCUGCCCGACGUGGAGUUGGAUAUCCAGGCUCCUGGUGUCAAGCUGGAAGGGGACAUUGUGCUGGCUGAGAAGGACCUGGCUGCCAAAGACACUAAGUUCAAGAUGCCCAAGUUCAAGAUGCCCUCCUUCGGCGUGUCCGCACCUGGCAAGCCCACUGUGGAAGCCUCCCUUGAGGUGGGGGCUCCCAAGGUGGAGGGGGACGUGGCGCUGCCCUCCAUUCAGGGUGACCUGAAGACUCCUGACGUCAGCAUUCAGCUGCCUUCUGCUGACCUGGAGAUCAGGGCGGGCCAGGUGGACGUGAUGGUGUUGGAGCAUCAGUUGUCCGAUGCAGAAAUGUCUUCCCAGGCUGCUGCGGAUGCCGGUCCUAAGGGCCACCUGCCCACGGUCCAGAUCCCCAGCCUCAAGAUGUCCAAGGUAGAUGUCAAGGGGCCCCAUGUGGACGUGAAGGGCCCCAAAGUUGAUGUGACUGGUGGUAAUGAUGAGGUGGGCUCCUCCAACCGGGAAGGUUUUUUCCAUUAUCCCGAUGAUGAUGUUAGCCAUGCAGUAGCUGCUUUUCCGGCUGAUGGUUUUCCCGGUGCUGUUGUUUCACCCUCCCCUCAUACUUCUCAGUCUUUCUAUUCAUAUGUUGGCCGUUCUUCGAUCAUGGACCCUCCACCUGGUUCUCUUGAUUCUACACUCCCUCAGUUCAGUGCUCGCAUUCUGUUUCCCAAAUUCCACAAGCCCAGAUUCGUCCUGUCUCUUCCACCUUCUGAGUCUGAAUGUCCUCCGUCUGUGCCCGAUGCUGGUGUCCAUUCACCUCAAGCCUCUGACACACUGUCCGGUUCAGCGGCCCCUCAGGUCCCGUCUUCUGAUGCUUCUGACGUCUGCAUUUUGGAUGUAUCUUCUAGUCAGUCUUUAGUCAGUCCACCACCCGAAACAUCUACUCUAGAAAUGAAAGACACUUCUUUCAAAUUGCCCAGUAUCAAGUUACCUUCCUUACAUUGGUCUCCAAAGAAGACAUCGGAGUCUAAAGUUGAGUCCGAUUCCCAGGAGUCCCCACUGCCUAGUCUAGGUUUGUCCUCAGCGGAAACAGAUUCUGAAAUUCAAAGUGAGGUUUCCAUGGUAGAAUCCCCCCAGCAUGGAUCUCUGGACAAGGAAGUGGAGAAAGGAAGAGGCCGGAAGCUGAGCUUCUCUCUGCCCCGACUGGCAUUACCCAAGGUAAAGGUUUCUAAGGGGUCGGCUGCUGUGCCACAGGGAGACCUGAGGCCUUCGCUCACUGGUACCACAUCUGGAGGUGAUUUGGACGUCAUAGAAACAGCUGUCAGCGAUGCCCAUUUUGGGGACACUCAUUCAAAAGAAGUCACCACAGAACUCUAUGUUAGCUCCUCUUCCACUACAGCAGAGUUGCCUACGUCCGAAACUGAACUUCCUCCUCCCAAAGAUGACCUGAAUGUCAGAGGUGACGGCAAAAGUCUCACGAUUGUCUCUCCAAGUCAGCCCUUUGGGGAACUGGCAACGCCCAGAACGGAAGGCCCCCCGCAGCCAUCCGGGAGACAGGGAGAUAGUGCCCCCACCGUGGAAGACCUUGAGAUGGAUCCCACAGCAAAAGAGCGCCGGUUCAGAAUACCCAAGUUCCGAGUUCCGGGUUUCAGACGCUCCUCAUCCAAGGAUCGAGACCGGGCUGGAGAACAGGAAGCCCCUCAAAAGUCACAGACGCCUGUCAUCGACACGCCCUCAGAGGUAGAGGAAACAGCAGCAGCCUGCAUGCAGCUGACCCAUGUGCCUGAGUCCAAGAUAGAGACACAUAUCUCCCUGGGGUCCCCAGAAGAAGGGACUGGUGUGAGGCCCCUAGAACGCCCAACGUAUGCAGAGGUUGUGAAACACGAUCUCCAUGGAACAGGCUCCAGGAUGCAUCACUCCACUGUUGAACUCUCCCGUACUCAUCUGCCCACCCCUGAGUGUGGAAGCCAAGGUUCUAUCUCCCUCGAGGUCCCUGGUGUGAGAGUCUCAGAACCCCAGCUUCCUCCAGAAGGAACAGGCAAGGAGCAGCAUCCUGGGCCAGGAGGAAAUAUUCUUGAUGAGAUGGAGGCUAGAAUGGGACACUUGACUUCCCAGCCGCAAGGGCCUCUGAGGCUGAAGGCCUCCCUCACCGAAGUGCCAUCCCAGGUCUCUGUGGUGAGCAUGAGUCAGCUCUGGGAGGAUUCUGUACUGACUGUCACAUUCCCCAAACUGAAGGUACCCCGGUUCUCCUUCCCUGCUCCCAGCUCCGAGGCUGAUGUGUUCUUCCCUAUGGUGAGGGAGGUAGAGGCCAGUAUUGAUAGUACCGUUCAUAAGGGUAGCCCCGGGCUCUGGGAAGCCAGCAUUCUAAAGACGGGCACCGAGGAUACCAGAAUGCCACCAGCAAGCCUUGAGCAAUCUUCAGAAGCAUCUCCGAUUUCUAAGGUCAGAGUGCACAUUCAGGGCUCUCGAGGUGAGAGUCAAGAAGUUGCCAUUUCCAGCAGAGUGGAAGGAUUGAGUGCUGACCCCUUGGCCCCCGGACCCUUAUGUACUCGGAUUGUGCGGGAAUCAGAGAUCCCUGCUUCUACGAUCCAGACUCCUUCUUACGGGUUUUCGUUGCUGAAAGUGAAAAUUCCAGAGCCCCCUAUGCAGGCCUGUGUGUAUACAGUGGGUCCUGACUCCCAGGAGGGUGAGGGUGGAGUUCCCAUGCCAGCUGCUGCAGGGGGACACUCCAUUCCUGCUGAGGUCCCACCUGACACUGCCGAACCAUUUGAGAUUAUCUCUUCCGGAACUGGCAUGCCUCCUGGGCCCCAGCUUGUGGACGGCACCUCAGAUGAGGAACCAGCAGAGAUCCUUGAGUUUCCUGAGGACAGCCAGGAGGUUAAGGCCCCUGAUACAGAUACAAAACAGAAAACAGAAGGUAAAAAGUCCAGCCUGCUGUGGUCCUGGCUUCCAAGUAUUGGGUUCUCCUCUGUGGAAGAGACGGCCGCUGAUUCCAGAGACACUACCCAAAGAUCUCCUGUCCACGUGCAGCCUACCGCUCGGCUGGACCCUGAACUGCCCAGAAAACAGGAGAAGGCGGGCUGGUUCCGGUUUCCCAAGUUAGGAUUCUCCUCUUCACCGACCAAGAAGCCCAGAAGCACUGAAGAUGUCGAAGGCCAGGCAGACCACAAGCUCCAGGAGGAAACAGUCACCUUUUUCGAUGCUCGAGAAAGUUUCUCCCCAGAGGAGGAGGAGGAGGCCAAGUCAGAAGUGACAAGUGCUGGGCCUGGUUCUGAAGCAAUGGUGACAUCCUCUGCAAGAACAGAACUAGUACUGUUGGAACAGACUAGAGACACUGGUGACAAAUCUAUACCCAGGCCUGUGGCCAAAUGAGGUCAGAGGCCAGUCAGUAGCUGAGACAAACAACCAAACCUGAAACUUAGGUACUGGGCACUGCAAGUGCACCCCACCCUAGAACGCAUGAUCUUAUGUAGAUCCACAGGCUUGAGACCAAAGCAGAAAUGAAUAUCACCUACCUGUCACACACACACACACAGCCUUCCUAUAUGGACCCAAAAUACCAUACUUUCUUGCAAGCUUUGGAAGCAACAGAGGCUGCAAAUUUGUCUAGUUCUGAGAAUUUGUCUAGUUCUGUUGGCCUUCAUGGGGUAAGUCCCAAGAGGCUGUCCAUCUCACCACAAGAGCAAUAUUGUCUCUGAAGUUCCUAUGCCUGUGUGGGUAAGAGCCACUUUUGGGGUAACCUCUCUCUUGCUGCUGCUGUUUCCUGGUGAACUCAGCAGGCAGAGUAGGGUGCAUCCUGGGGAAACCCCAUUGCCUUCCUGCCCACGCACUCCAACUCUAACCAAUGGCAUGCUUCGGGGUGUGGACUGAGGGUGUGUCUGCGUGGGAGAUAGAUCUGACCAGUGGCUGUCUGCACUCAGUGGUAACUAUGGGUUGCCCAGCAGGGUUCACACACGGGUUUGCCAUGAGACCUUGGUGUGGGUCUAUUUGUCUACUGGCCUGCCAGUGUGCAACUAUUUUCCCAGGCAUGUACAAGUUCCAUUCUCUGGCUCCUGAGUGUACAGACUGCAGCAGCCCAUACAACAGACCUGUUCAGUCACCUUCAAUAAAGGAAGCGAUAAAUUCA